UUCCUGAAGACGCUGAGGAGCCAGAGGCAGAAGAAUCCAAAGAAGAGGAAGAAGCAGCUGAAGAAGUUCCAUCAGAGGAGGAAACAUGGGAGGACAAAGAAGAAUCAUCAUUUCCAGACCUUGAUGGAGAGCCUGAACGACAAGAUGGGGGAAAGCUCACAUACGAAAGAGAUUUCUUGUUGAAGUUUCAGACCAAUCCAAUGUGUAUGUUGAAACCAGAGGGUCUGCCUGAUUUAGAAGUUGUUCUUGGCCAACCACGAACCCCCUCCAAAUCAGGUUACCCGAACAGGAUGCAACCUAAAGAUGGUGGUAAAAAUAUGUUUCUACCUGCCUACCUCAGGCAAAAUUCAAGAGGCAACCCCUCAAAUUCAAGAACAGGACGCAGAAAUGUUCAACCCAAGAAAGUGAUUGACCUUGCUCCUAAAAUGACGAGCACAGAUCAACUGAAGAAAACAGAGAAGAGAUGGAUAAGGCCAAGUGAAGUUGCAAAAGAGGGCCUCAGUGAAGAACAGAUUAAGACUGAGGAGAUACUCCGUAAGGUGAGGAGUAUUCUAAACAAGUUAACGCCCCAGAAGUUCCAGACAUUGACAAAGCAGAUCAUGGACUUGGAAAUUGACACACCAGAGAGAUUGGAAAGUGCUAUUGACCUCAUAUUUGAAAAGGCUAUAGAUGAACCUGCAUUCAGUGUGGCGUAUGCAAACAUGUGCAGAUGCCUCAUUCCUAAAAAAGUGGCUGUAGAGAAGGAUGGGUCAAAGAAAGAUGUGACAUUCCGCACAAUUUUGCUCAACAAAUGCCAGAGAGAGUUUGAAAAGGAGAAGUCUGUUGAGAAAAGAAUUCAUGAGAAACUUGAGGAACUCACCAGCAAGGGACUGAGUGAAGAGGAACUUGAAAUGAAGAAAAAAGAUCUUCAAGAUGAAGAAACCCUUGUCAAACGUCGCACAUUGGGAAACAUCCGCUUCAUUGGUGAACUUUUCAAACUUAAGAUGCUGACUGAGAGUAUCAUGCAUGACUGUGUAGUGAAGCUGUUGAAGAGUAAUGAUGAGGAGGCCUUUGAGUGUCUGUGCAAGUUGCUGGUUACCAUAGGAAAAGAUCUGGAUCAUAUUAAAGCCAAGCCGAGAGUGGAUCAAUACUUUGCUCAAAUCCUCAAAAUAAUCCAAGCAAGAAUUACAUCGGCACGUGUCAGAUUCAUGAUGCAAGACAUUGUUGAUCUGCGUGGAAACAACUGGGUUCCUCGCAGGGAAGACAACAAUCCCAAAACUAUUGACCAGAUCCACAAGGAGGCUGCUGAUGCAGCAAAAAAGACACAGUUGAUGAUUCAAAUGGCAAAACAAGACAAGAAGCUCAGAGGUAACAUGGGCGGUCGAGACAGUCCCCGACCCUCUGGUGGUGUACCACAGGCUGAUGAGACUUGGACCACUGUUGGCAGAGGUCCAAAGAAUGUGAGCGUGGAUCCAAAAAGGUUCCAGAACAUUAAGCGCCCAGUUGAUUCUGAAAACAUCUCGCUAGGACCUGGUGGUAGGGGAUUUUCUUCUUGGGCUAGAGGUAGCAGUGGAGGAACAGGGGCAGUAGGUGCUGGGGCUGGUCCAACAGCUGCCUCUGCUGCUCCUCCUGCUACUUCAGCUGAUGACAGUAGAACCACAGCAGGCAAUAGGUAUUCUGCCUUGGCAGGAGAGAGAAAGUACUCAGCACCUGCAAGACAAAAUUCUGGUGGCUCUGGCCGUCAAGAACCUAGGAGUCCAAUGGGAGGUGGAAGGCGAGCACCCUUUGGGGCAGGAGAGCGAGAAAAGGCUCUAGAGGCUGUUCGAGCAGUAACACAACCAAAGCGUAAUAACCAAGAACGCGAAGGAGGAAGGGAGUCUCCAAGGCUGACACCAGAGGCAUCUUCAACUCCAGAGGCACCUUCAACUCCAGAGCCCACAUCUGCUUCAGUGUCCCCUGCACCAGAACUCACACCUGAAGAGAUGAAAAAGAAGGCAAAUGCAAUUAUUGAAGAGUAUCUGGCUAUCAAAGAUAUGAAGGAAGCUGUGGAGUGUGUUAAAGAACUCGAGUCUCCUUCAACACAUUAUGUCUUUGUGACAUCUGCAUUCAACCACACAGUGGAGAAAAGUGAAGCAAGUAGAAAGGCUAUUGGUAGACUUUUCCACUUCCUGUUUCGAGAUGGGGUGCUCACAAAUGAACAAUACCUCGCUGGGGUUGAGCCAAUCAUGGAAUGUGCGGAAGAUUUGGAAGUUGACAUUCCACUGCUGUGGAAGUAUCUCGCCGAGAUAAUGGGACCAACUGCGUUUGAUGGAAAUCUGAAUCUUGAUAAACUUUUUUUGGAUUGUGUCUUAAAACACGUGUCCAAAAGGAAAGGUGCCAAACUCUUUGCUCAUUUGUUGGAGAUUGCAGCAAAUGACACGAGUCGUGAAGAUGUGUCUGCAAUCUUGAGCAGAUUUACUGUCAAGUUGAAUGUCUUCUUCGACAGUGACGAAGAAGCCGUUGAAUUUGCCAAGGAUAAGAAUAUUGAAUUUGCUCUCAGUCAAGUCAGUUCAUCGCAGAAGGUUGGCUCAACCACCCAACAUUCUGCAAAAAUACAGGAAGAACUAAGGACUCUUAUAUUAAAGAGGAAGGCCAGAAAUGAAGAAGUGUUUGAGUGGAUUGACAAAUAUGUUCCUGAAACAGAAACAAAGGAAGCAUCGUUCAUUAGAGCUCUUGUAACAGUUGUUUGUGAGGAUACAAUGGAGAGAGAAGACGGAGGACUGUGUAAAUGCAACCUCAACCUUAUGAAGGACAGAAAAAGUCUUCUUCAAAAGUACAUCGACGUUAAUGGGCAACUUGAACUCCAGGCGCUCUAUGCAGUGCAGGCACUCUUUGUACAGCUGGAUCACCCACCAGGUUUCAUCAAGUCUUAUUUUGAUACUUUAUACGACGAGGACGUCAUCACAGAAGAUUCAUUCCACGCCUGGGAAAGUAGUCCCGAAGAAAAACUAGGCAAAGGUGUGGCCAUAGGCGCCAGCAUUGAGUUCUUCCGUUGGCUUAGAAGCGCCUCUGAAGAGCCUACAGAGGAUAGCUGAUGCACUAAAAAAAUGGAAUGUAGAUCUACCAAUCAGGUCCACUUAAUUUUGAAAAGAAACGCUUCAGGGCAACUUCUCCAACGCCAAUGGAGAAGGACGGCAACUUCGCAUGUGCCGAAUUUCGCAAGAGAAAUAAUGUUGACAGAAUCCUAGAGGUCGUGGAAACCUCGCGAGUACUUCAACGAGAUAUUUAUGCAAGGUUGGGAGACCUUGGAAUUUAAAAUGGUAUGCGAAAAACGCCUACCAAAAGGCUUGUUAUCACUCGUCACAUAUGCUUUGCUGCUGUUGGCAGUGGCGAUCCGAUGAUCGGUCGUAUUAAGUGGCGCCUCGGUAGUUGAAUUAAUUAAGGUUUCUUGCCCGCAAGAGUCGAACAGACAGGUCUGCUAAAGACUAGAAGACUGUAAAUACGGCAGAACAAGACUAAAAAUAUUGUGGAACAAAAACAGAAGAAUCCAUAUUUUGUGCCUGGAGAAAAGAAAAUUAAUAAAUUAAUGUUUGAAUGAAGUGAUUAA